CAUCUCUCUCUUCUUGAGUGGUCUCAUAGAAGUCUCAAAGAUCUUUAAAGGACAGAGUCUUCCAUGACUCUUGUUAUACUGGGUUGUCUCACAAGAAGUGUCUUGUAGACUUUCUUUCGCUGUAAGACACAGGUCUUCAUAUUGGUUUUAAGUCUGCUAAGGCUUAAAGCGUCAUACCAGUAUUGUGUUUAAAGACUCGGAGUUCUAUAGAAAGAUGUAUAGUUGCUUUCGUUAAUUUCUUCUGUUGUUGGCUUUAGAGUUUUUCUUGACUCAUUACCCGAGCUUAGGAUCUUUUGGAUCACGGUUGAACUGUAUUAUUAGAUUUACCAGGAUAAGGAUAAUGUGAAUUUUCUAGUAUAAUUAUCAUGUAUGUAAAUUCAUAUACCUUAAGUUGUUUACGAAGUCAAUCGUAAACUUGUACUUUCUGUAUAUAGCUCCUGUCAUAUAAAUUAAUAAGAGAGAAGAAAAGAAAGUAUUGUCCUAAAUAUUUUAUAUUAAAGAUCGUAAAUACUUUACAUGUUAGAUUUUGUCUCCUAAAUGGAUUAAACCUGUGAUACUCUGAAGACUUUCUAAAGUCCCGCUUGUAAUCCAACGUCUUGUUACGAAGAAGCGAUCUUAUACUCUUUACCCGGAAAAAAGCUUACAAGCACAAAAUAAACCCGGACUGGUAACAAUGUGUUCAGUUCAUUAAGACAAGAGCAAAGAAGUUCUCUGUAACAGCAUCUAAAAAAAAAACCAUAUUAUGUCAUGCCAGUUGGGCACCAAGACAAGACCUGGCCAUCUCAUGUUGCUUGUCAACAUCGUAAGAAAACAUUGGAAGGAUGGAAUAGAGGAAAAAAUAAAAUGCCAGGAAGUUUGCUGUUCCUAGAAUAUGACAUGAACCCACUGAUCACUCAACCAACUGUUGCUUCUGUCUGGUGGAUCCUUCCAAACACCGAACUGGGAAAAAUGCACCUACUAUUUAUUAUCCAGAGCUUCUUCUCUUCUAUUGCACCAGUACCACACAGUGUUGAUCUUCCUGUACCUACACCUCCAGAAAGAAGUCAACCAUCAGAAGAAAUCAGCAAAUCAGAAAAUGAGGAGUACGGUGAACAAGACUAUGAUCUCACAGAUGCAGUUGUUGAGAGGAAUCCUUACUACCCACACCAGACUUCAGUGACCUUAUCAGAGAUAUUGGUUUGACAAAGUCAAAUGCUGAGCUUUUAAUUUCAAGGCUCAAGGAGUGGGACUUGGUGGAUGAAAGUGUGCAAGUGACAAGCCAAGGAAAACGUAACCAACAUUUUUCAAGCUUCUUUACUAAUGAAGAAAGAUUGUCCUACUGUAAUGAUGUAUCAGGCCUGUUUUAUGCAACUGGAAUUGCAUGCAAUCCAGAUGAAUGGAGACUCUUCAUUGACCACAAGUCAGGAAAAUCAUGGAGCGCUCAGAAUUUCCAAAGAAGCUCACAGAGAAGGAAAAGGAAGCAUGGGAGAGUUUUGUUGCUGUAGCAGGGCUUUCUGGGCAACAACAAGGCUCAUAAUUAUGUGGAACUUGCUGAGACCUUGGUAAAAAAACUAUGGUCAGAUGGCCUGUAGGACGUCCCUUAAGGUCCAUAUCCUUGAUAAUA